ACACAUAGCCAUAUUGUCAUACACACUGUGCACAUGCUGUGUCUCGCCAAUCCUCGCACAUCACACGCCAGCCACGUGUCUAGCACACGUUUCCUCCAUCUGGUACUUACCACUGAGAUGACACAACAUCCAACUAAAGCCACUAUCACAGCAAAUAAUCUCCUGUAUGGAGGACAUCAGCACAAGGGCUGGGAAGAAAAGCUUAUUAUGGACAGUAGAAAUCCAUUCUCACCUUGCUGUGGUGUCACAGUCAGUCUGGAUCAGUCGGAUAAAGAAUCAAACAUGAAAUGAUGAGCCCUUUGGCGAAGAAGCCUCCAGAUGUGACCAAAUCCAGGAAGGUGAAAACAGAGCAGCUACUCAGAGUGGAUGAUCAUGACUUCACCAUGAGACCAGCAUUCGGAGGUCCCGCUAUUCCUGUGGGCGUCGACGUCCAGGUCGAAAGCUUGGACAGUAUUUCAGAAGUAGAUAUGGACUUCACCAUGACCAUAUACCUUAGACACUACUGGAAGGACGAGCGCCUGUCCUUUACCAGCACCACGAACAAAAGCAUGACUUUUGACGGACGCUUGGUGAAAAAGAUCUGGGUCCCUGAUGUGUUUUUUGUACACUCGAAGAGAUCCUUCAUCCACGACACCACCACUGAGAACAUCAUGCUGAGGGUUUUCCCUGACGGCCAUGUUCUCUACAGUCUGAGAGUAACUGUUACAGCCGCCUGCAACAUGGACUUCAGCCGCUUUCCUCUAGAUUCGCAAACCUGUUCUUUAGAGCUCGAGAGCUAUGCUUACACGGAUGAAGAUCUGAUGCUGUACUGGAAGAGCGGGGACGAGUCUCUAAGCACAGAUGACAGGAUCUCACUGUCUCAGUUCCUCAUCCAGAAGUUUCACACUACCUCUCGUCUGGCUUUCUACAGCAGCACAGGCUGGUACAACCGGCUGUACAUCAACUUCACACUGCGGCGUCACAUCUUCUUCUUCCUGCUGCAGACGUAUUUUCCAGCCACGCUCAUGGUCAUGCUGUCCUGGGUGUCCUUCUGGAUCGAUCGCAGAGCCGUGCCAGCCCGAGUCUCCCUGGGUAUCACUACAGUGCUCACUAUGUCCACCAUCAUCACCGGCGUGAACGCGUCAAUGCCUCGUGUGUCGUACAUCAAAGCCGUGGACAUUUAUCUAUGGGUCAGCUUUGUGUUUGUUUUCCUCUCGGUGCUCGAGUACGCCGCGGUCAAUUAUCUUUCCACCGUACAGGACAGGAGGGAGCGCAAGCUCAGGGAGCGACUCAGAGCACAGUCGUUGUCCUGCUCUUGUGGCUUGUCCCACACCAGGACCAUGAUGCUGGACGGGACGUGCAGCGAGGCGGACGCCAACAGCCUGGCCGGAUACACCGAAGCCCCCAUGAUGCCACAGGAGGUGGAGAAACGUGAGCACAUGGUGGUGCACCUGUCGGUCAGUAACGCCUCCACGGCUACCAAGAAGAAAGGCCUGCGCAACUUCAGCAUAAUCCAGAACACACACGUCAUCGACAAAUACUCACGCAUGAUUUUUCCAGGAUCCUACAUCUUUUUCAACCUCAUAUACUGGUCUGUUUAUUGCUGAUGUCUGGGACAUGAAGACUCCAUGACCACAUCUGGACUAUUUUUGUGUUGACGUUUCAGACGGACAACUUCCCCUUGUCAGGUUUCACUAUAAAAAUGUAAACAAAUUAUAUGUCGAAUUUAAACGGGAAUGAUGUCUUAUUUAUUUAUUUAUUUAUUUAUUUAUUUAUUUAUUUAUUUAUUUUCUGUUUCCGAUUUCCUGUAUUUUGCUCCAGCUCCAUUGUACUUUAGGUGCAGAACCAAAAUUCUAGUGGGUGGAGCUAGACACCUGCUCCAACUCCUCCUACAGGCCAAAUAACUUUCCCCAUUAUAUUUUUCACAGCAUCGUUAGAUUUCACAUAGUAACCGAUUUACGUCAAUACUACGGCACGCUCACGCUACAUCAUACUGCCAGGAGCUACUGGGACAGUUCCCUGUCAGACCACCAGUAGGCGCUGGAAGGCGUUUCACCACAGCCUGCGUUUUUGUUUUGUUUAUUCUCCACGUGUGUAUAAGACUACUUAUUUUUUCAGUGUAGGAUGUGCUUACUUUUUAUGACUGGACGUCAUUCUGUUCAAUGAAACACCUAAAAUGGAAAUUGACGUCCUUAUAUGACUCAUUCAUGUUUCAUAACAUUCUCAAAUCCUCUUUUUAUUUUCCGAUGUAUUGCAUCUGACAGCAACUUUGAAGGCCUGAAUGACACAAAGAAAAUUUAAUAAUAAAACCAGCUGCGCCACCCGACUCUGAAUACGAGGAACUUCUUCCUUGUAAAUAGUGAUGUAAUGUUUGGGAAUAAAAACAACACCAUACAGGUUGCCAGAUCUUGUUUGUUCUUUUUUUCCCCCAAAGUACAUUUUUUUUCCACAUGGCCAGGUGUUUAACAUAUUUCUUGUAUUUCAUCAGAUGUUUCUGGAGCAUUGGUGUGAAUAAUAAUUAGAAUUAGAGGUGGAUUGGUAGUAGUCCUUUUUGGUAGUCUGCUUAUCUGCUGUGUUAUUUAUCACAUUUAAGACUAAAUGGAUCGUUUAUAUACGGACAGAUGUGUGCACUGCUGGAUUUGAUGUAUUCUACGACAUGAUUUUCUUAUUUGGGUGUUUGAAAUAAAAUGAUAGGGAAAACUCCUUGUGUGUUUUCACUCUAGACUGAUUUCCUGUAAGUGUGUAAAAGUCUCAGAAAACAAAUCAACACACUAAAAAAAGUGUUUUGUUUUUGGUCAAAAAUGGGACGGUAUUGA